AACCGUGACUUUAAUUGUAGAUAUCAUAUGCACCAGAGAUUCCGCGGAGUUGCUUUCUAUCUGGAGAAACAACCGUGAAUCCGUUGAAGACUUCUUGUUCCGAUUCAUCAGAGAAACAGUGCGGUUCCCGGAAGCUGUUGAUCAAUUGAAGAUUGCGGGUUUCAUCCAGGGAGUAUGUGACGAUCAGUUGGUCCGCCAACUAAGAUAUCCUAACUUGACACAAAAAUUCGAAACCUUGAUACAACAAGUCAAAAUUUUAGUGAUGGUAGAGAGGCUAUGCGCUUUUAACAAAGAAGACGAGAUGCGACGCUCAGCGCGUCCCAAUAACCGGAAGCGAAAGAAGUUCUCACCGUACCGCCCCAAAUCAUGGAUGGAACAACCAAUAACCUUUCCCGCGAUUUAUACGCAUAACUACCAAGGUCCUUUUGUCAUUACGGCUACCAUAGCCGAUUAUAGCGUUUCCAUGAUCCAUAUAGAUGAAGGAAGCGCCUCAGAGAUCCUGUUUGAAAGUUUCUUCGAUCAGAUGGAUGAAGAGAUCCGUGAGAAUCUGACCAAGGGCCCAUGCCCGUUGGUCAGAUUCUCUGGAGCGAUGGUGAGACCACUAGGACAGAUCCGGCUGCCCGUCAUCAUAGGUGAGGAAGGAAGAUCCCGGACACUGGAUAUGACCUUUUCGGUUGUUCGGGCUGGUGUUUCACCAAAUGUCAUUAUUGGACGUUUGGGGAUCAGGGCCUUGCACGCGGUAGUGUCUAGUAUUCAUGGAGCAAUGAAGUUUCCUACUCCGAAUGGAAUCGCAACUAUCUUGUCCGGAGAAUAG